AUGAAUCUUGUUUCGGACGAUAGAGUUGACAAAGCGUCACUUCAUGACGCACUGUCAAUUGGCGAUUUCGGGACGGGGGUGCUCCUCGAAAAAAAAACUCCCAGCAGCGAUGAAGCUCGUCGUCUUCCGAUGUUACUACGGGUCUUGUCCUCUAGCAGACCGCUUUCGGCCGUCCCAACAUUCUGCAACACACAAAGAUCGUCAGAAACUGUUAACGAUAGCGAUAUCGACGACUUGCUAGAGACAGCUGUCAGCCGUUUGGAAGAUCGAGCGGCGUUGUACUCUUCGGCUGAAGACGUAGAAGUGGUAUCUUGUCACCUUGCUCCUAGUAUUUGCCGUCACAUCUCCAGGUUGGGUCCGGUUUCCUCUAGUAUGGAAGAGUUGGGGCUUUUAGCCAGUACUUCUGUUGGAAAGGAACAUCGACAGCGGUAUAAAUCGGACGAAGACGGACGAGACGUGAAGAAUGCAAACGAAGACGAUGAGCUUGCUGGCGAUCUUGAUCGACAAGUAGACGAAGAUGACCGGGAUGAUAAGCCGGGUAGCACAAAACGUAGAAGAUUAGACCGCGGCCUUGACCCGGCUUCAGCUGAAGUCGUGGAAGAUUCUCAGGAAGCAACUGUGACGCGGACGUUAUCAGAACUGGUCAAACUGGUCGUUCGGCAUUUGAAGUCAAAGGAUCAGGUCAGCUCUGGGGAGCAUGGCUUACCUCUACCUGUCGACGACUCGAUUUUAUCGGAAGCGCGUAACGAGAAGCAUUCUUCGAUGGGUGGUGAUUUAGGAUCAGCACUGGCGUCGUUAUUGUAUUACUCUCCAGGUAUCAAAUAUGAGCACGUUGCGGGUGCUCUUUGUCGAGCGGCUGUUCCUCAGUCAGCCGAAAUUAUCUUAUGCAUGGCUGCAAACUGUCCUUCUGUGGCUCCUCUGUUACUGCGUGGCUGUCUCGAUGUUUAUCGACAAGAGGCUACUUCCCAACAUGUUGCUAUUCGAAACACAAUUAGGAGUGCAAUCCGAAAUCUUGCAAGCCUUUCGAGUCGAGAUUCCGCCAAGGUUUUGGCGACUCUACGAUUCCAGCGUGCGAUGCCGGAUAUGCAGCUGGAAUUGCUUCUGAAGUUUGACCGCUUGCGCGCUUCUCUAUUUCUUCUUGAAAAUUUGUCACUUCUUCCAACGCUGCGCAAUGCUGAUCUUACGGGGCACAGUGCUCGUACUCACAUUUCUCAUGACGGAUCCAGCCUUGAGACAAAGCAAUCUCUAAUCUGCACUUUACGAGAGGAUUUGGAACUCUCAUCUAGGACGUUGACGGUUUUGUGCGAAGAAAUUGCGAAAGUGCCGGAAUCAUUGCAUCGAUCAGGACAGACGCUCAUCGUUUUGUCGGCAUAUUCACUGUUUUUGGCUAGAACAGAGAUAUGGACGCUGGGAACGGCUUCACAGAAUGGGGGUAUGGCCUUCCCUGGCUGUAAGGAUCUCCUGGAUUGUGUAGCCUUUGUGAGUCACGCAAAAAUUCCAAGCAGCCAUUCUGGAGCCAACAAUGUCCUUGAUCGGAUCUUCGCUAUGGAAGUAUGUGCCAUUCUUUUGACGUUUUGCCAUGUAGCCGGUAGAAGCGAAUCUACGCAUGAUGAGAAGCUUAAUAUCGGGAAAUGUCUCCUUGCUUUGCUCAAUGAAGCGCUUUCAUCCAGCAAAGCACGGCGAUAUGCUCCUCGCGUAGUGAUCAACUUGAAAUUUCCCAAUGCGCUCGAACUACAGCAGGUUAUCGAGGAUAUGCUUUUCAGUGGCAAGACUUCUGUUCCGAGGACAUUCUUCGGUUCAAACUUUCUGGAUUGUGUACAUGUAGCAUGUGAAUGGGCCUCGGCGAAUCUCGAGCUUGAUAGUCUUGUCGACACCGCCCUCGCCCCGAAGAUGGAGAGUUCUUUGCUAGCAAUAUCGUGCAUGCGAAACGAAGGCGUGCCAUUGGAGUUUCAGUUGCGACAGGCUCGGAGUGCUUUGACGGCUGUUUUAAGUGAAACAAGAGAAGAGUACGUGGUCGCAAGAGACUGUUCCGCGUCAAGUCUGAUCCAAUAUGCAAGUAUGCUCUUACUGAGCAAUGAACGAUCCAAGAUUCCUUUGGUUUUCCAGUUAUCACUCGAGCGGCUCGCUUCUCGCGUUGAUUUUGUUAAGGCAAUGGAAUCACUGGGGGCGACAGAGGCUGCAUUUUUGUCACAGGUUUUGUAUUCUCUUAUCUUUUCUGAGAGGGAACCAGCUGCGGCAUUUCAGUUCGACCAUCGUGCACUUCCGUUGAAGGAAUUGUAUAUAUUGUGUGAGACAACUGCAACCGAUAUGUCGUGUAGAUCGGUGCGCCUUCAGUUGCUGGACAUGCUCGAUGUCCGCUACUCUGAAAUUCGUCACCAGACUGUUGCUUGGAUAGUGCAAGCCGGCUCGAAACGCUUCGUAGAGCUCGAUCGUGAUAUUCCGACUCAAAGUAGCAGCGCUCUGGCUCGUGCGUUGAGAGCAUAUAUCAUUCAACCGUCUUCAGACCCAAGCGGACAUCAAAUACAGAAAGCGUUUGCGUUAGCAAGACGAAGUCUCCUACUGUUACCAUCAGCUACACAAGCCUCUCUCGGGAUCCGUUGCUUUUGCUGAAAUGCACUGCGAGGCUCUGGGAUCGCACCGGGAUACGCCGCGUCGUUUUAUCCAUGCUAGCGACUCUUUUCGAGACGCAUGCUGCGAUUGUCAGGCAAACGGCGCCUACAGGCGAUGUUGUGAACGAAAUUCUAAUCGCUCGGAAUAUUAUUCUCAUACGCAGUCUGAUUGGAGCUAUUACUUCAGGACGUCCUCUAAAUGUGAAUCUUGAUCAGAGAUCCACAGAGUACUGCAGUAUGACCAUAGCUCUCAUUCGACGACUCAUCUGUGAGCGACCUGAUCUAUUAGCGCUAAUGUUGAAACAAGGGCUUGAGGAACGGUCUCUCGACUGGAUCGUCACCUACAUUCCGGAGUGUAUGGAAAGAUGCUCUUCGAUGCUCAGUCUUGUAUCUGAUCGGAGUUCCUUUUCCGCUGUGGAGCGCAUAUUAGUAGCGGACUCUGUUUUACGU